UAAUGAAAGCAAUUGCAAUUAUUGCUGUUUCUACAACUAAGGACUGACAAACACGUUUCUUUAUAUAUUCAUAUAUCUUGCACAACAAGGGCAAUAUUUAUUCUUAACAGCCACAGAGUACUCAACACAAUAACUAAGAGAAACAAGUCACACUGUGUCGAUUGACGUUGUUGUUUUGGUAGUCAUGUAUGAUAAAUUGCGAGUUUGAGGUUGUUUUGUAUUGCUUGUAUGGAUGUGUAAAAUCAUAUAUAGAAUUAGCAUUUCUCGUAAAAUUUAAAAGUUAUUGGAUAUCCUUGCACGAUGAUUGAAGCAGAUAUCAUAGUAGUUGGAGCUGGUAUUUCUGGUUUGACAGCAGCGUACAAACUCCUUAAAAAAAAUCAGAGUUUAAGGGUUUUAGUACUGGAAGCAAAGGAUCGUGUGGGUGGACGGACCUUGACAGUUACUUUAAAAACUUCAAAUCUUCAAACAGAUCAGUUUGAUCUUGGAGGGCAGUGGGUCAGUUCAUCUCAGCUUCAUAUUCUGCGAUUGCUGCAAGAGCUUAAUCUCACUACAUAUCUGCAAUAUGAUGCUGGGUAUAAAAUAGGCCAAGGCAGUGCUUCAGUCUUUGAGAAGUACAGCACAUCUUUCCCAUCCUUUGGUUCAUAUUACAGUUGCUAUGAACUUGGACAGUUUGUCUCAAAAAUUGAAAAAAUGUCCAAGGAAGUAUCACUUGUUGAUCCAUUCAGUUCCACAUUUUCUAAAGAGAUGGAUUCAAUAACAAUGGAGACGUUGUUGCUCAGACAUCUGUCCACCAAAAUGGCCCAAGAUAUUAUGAGAACUCUUAUUCGUGUCACAUUUGGAACUGAGGCAUCACAACUGUCAGCAUUGUAUUUCUUGGCAUUCUCAAAUGGUACACAUGGACUGCUGAGUCAGUUUAGUUCAAGUUUGAAUGGAGCAAGAGAAUUACGGAUAAAGGGUGGAGCACAGCAAAUAGCUUUGGAGCUUUCUGUUAAAAUUGGGAAGGAAUGUAUUAUUCUGAACACCCCAGUGACAGAGAUUGAGCAAUCUGAAAAUGGAGUCCGAGUGUCCACUCGAUUUGGGAAAAUAUAUAGGAGUAAAUAUAUUAUAGUAGCGUUACCACCAACAGAAGUACAUCGAAUCCUCUUCAAUCCAUCUCUAUCUCUCAAACACAGGCAGUUAUUACAACGGUACCCUGUUGGGCAUCUCACCAAGUUUAUCAUCACUUACCCCAAAGCUUUCUGGAGAGAGAAGGGAUUUUCUGGUGAAGUAUUGAGCUAUGGAGGAGGUAAAGUUGAGCGUGGUUGUGAUGCAGGACCCAUCAGUGCAACAUAUGAUGCAACAACUCAUCAUGGCCACCCAGCCAUUGUUGGCUACAUGGCUAGUAAAAGUGGUGUGCAGUGGAAUUCCAAAGAUACAUCUUGUCGGAAACAAUCUGUGUUGGAGACACUUUCUUACUUUUGGGGUGACUGGGUUCAUGAUCCCAUUGACUAUGUGGAGAAGAACUGGGGUGAAGAGGCCUAUGUAGGAGGCUGUCCGACACAUGGGAUGUCACCUGGAAUGAUGGUAUGGUUCCAUCAGAUCAGGACACCCUUUGGAAGGAUCUAUUGGGCUGGCACAGAAACUGCAACUCGGUGGUGUGGUUAUAUGGACGGAGCUGUACAGGCAGGUGAAAGAGCUGCGCUGGAAGUCCUGUACAAGUUUCAGCCUCAAACUCUCACUGCUGCAGACCUAGAUGUUAUUGAUUUACAAGUAAGACGAAGCUCAUUCAUUCAUCCGCCACCAGACCCACAUAUCUUCCGAUGGACACUGUGUCUUCCUCUCUUCUUAAUUGCAAUGGGUUGGGCAGCUUAUACUCUUCGCAGACACUUCUGGGUCAUAGGUGUUGGUCGGAUAGCAUGAGAUUUUUCGUGACAGACGUCCUUGAUGCCUCCAUCAUCAGGGCGAUGGAGGCAGCAGUGACCUCUGAAACGUCUGUAAACCUCUAACAGACUACACAUCUCAACAACCCAGAAGACAGCUAUCUUAAAAUUGUGGUUAGUCUCGAGGUACAAUCCUCGAGAGACGGCGAACAACCACUGAAAGCUUGUUAUGAUUGAUUACUGGUAUUCUGACCUAGGCCCCCAUCUGUUGUUGCUCAAGGGGCUUUGCCCGAGGUCCGCCUCUAAGCUGUCUGAUUUACCAGGCCUGGAUGCCCCUGAACGUCCACUUCCUGGUUGAAACAUUAGUGCUUGGUCAUUGUUAAAACAUUUUUGCGAACAAUGGCCUUGUAUCGUAGUCCAACAGGAAUAUACACAUUUGGAAUACUAGUGUAUUGCAAAUAAUACCCCUUUGCAGUCAUUUUAAAAAAUGUUAUAACGUUGAAAAGACUGGUGCAUGAAGUAAUGUAGAUGCCUUUAAAUUCUGAAUGAAAUGUUUUCUAUAACGAAUAUGUAACGAAAUAUAUAAAAACCUCUAAUAUGAUUAGUUUUGUGACAAUGGAUUUACAUGUGUACUAAACUAACAUCAGUACCAAUAAGAUAUAAAAUACAAGAAAGAAAUCGCUUUGAUAAUACAAGUACCUGAUAAUUCUACCUAUUAUUUGAUGAUAUUCAAAACGUUCUUCUCUUUCUAUAUUCAUGUAAACCGGACUUAAUUCCGUUUCGUUCUGCACAUUCUUUAUGUACCAAGUGAGGCAGAAAUUUGUUUGUAGAUUUCUAGAAAAUGUUUCUUGAGUUUACACGCGUGAAUAAACAAGAUACAGUUGAAAGGUUUGGCGCAGAAAAGGCCGUAGUUACAAGCUGAGUGAUUUAUGCAAAUUUAUAUUGAAACUGCUUUCAUUGAUUCUGUAAAUGUCUCGAUUUGGAUUACUUUAUAUAAAAGUUCUCGGUGCGGUUUGCUAAAUAAACGAUAACAAAAAAAUCUCUUAUGUUUAGACCCAUAGAACUUUUGCACAAAACGCUUUUAUUAUUGUUCUGUCCGUUUCCAUGCCAUGAGGUAUCUUGUUUAAGCGUCAGUUACAUUAAGCGAUCUCACUGUUUAUCCGUUAGCCAACCCACUCAUCUGGUAGUGACGAGUCACGAUCGAUUUUGCUUGUCUAAUUACAUAGGGUAGCGUAUCAGCUUGUUAAUUCUCUCACAGAUCUGCUUAAAAUUUAUUUUUUAAUAUGUGCUAA